AUGGACGUUCAAGGCAUCCUUAGAGUCAAGGGAGUAUUGAGCGGGCCAAUCAAGAUGUUGAACAUACUCCACGAUGAUGCGUCUCGAAACAAUAUUGAAGCACUACAUGAAAAAAGAAAAACUGAGGAUUCAGAUGAAAAUUUAAUUGUUUUAGAAAAAGAGGAAAGAAAAGUAUUAAGAAAAUGUAACAUAUGGAGACGUCAAAAUAUCGAUAGUAUCGAAAAUGCGGUGGCAAAGCGAAAAUUUCAACAAAAAAUGAUUGUACAACAACCUGUUGUCGAUAAAAUUGAAAACAGUGAAUUUGAACUAGGCAGUAUAAUGGAAGAAUUAAAUAACUUUAUAGAAGGCAAAUGUUUAAUUUUCCAAACAAAUGAAUAUGAACACAUUUAUGAUGAAUUAGAAAAAACUAGUAAUAAAAAAGAUAUACUAGUAAUACAAGAAGACAUUGUUUCACUAAAAAAAGACAGUUUAGAUCUUCUAAAGCAAAAAGACAGUAUUAUUGAUAAAUUAUUAGAAGGACUAGAAGAAUUAUUAACCAAAUCAUUUAAUGAAACAUCUUCUAAUUCUAAUGAUCUAGAUAAAUUAAAUAAAAUCGCUAACAACAAAUUAAAAAUCCUUAAAGAAGAACAUAAAAAGCACAACUUAGCUAUUACUGGAGUUGAUACCGAUUUGGAGUUCGUGAAAAUCAGAUGCUCAACAAAUAUAGAAAAACUCAAGUAUAAUUGUCACGUUUUAAAAAAAAGAAUUGAAGACAAUAAUUUUAGAAUAGUCAAUCAAAAAAGAAGAAUUAAUAUUUUACAAGAAACUGUUUAUAACCUGAGAGAAAAAUGUAAAAAAAUUGAAUCAGAUCAUACAACACAAAUAUCUACAUUUAAAAAACAAAUUAUAAAUAUUAACCAAAAAAUUGAUCAACAAGAAAAAAGAGCUGAUUCUAUUGCAAAAAAAGAUAAUGACGAAUAUGUACAAUUAUGGGACUUUCAGCUGAAUCAGAUCAUACGUCACAUUAAUUGUAACUCAAGUUUUGUAUUUGAACAUAAUUUAAAUGGAAUUUUUGACUCAAAUCCAAUGCGAAAUUUAUCAUACGCUUAUAAUGCUUUGAGUGAAUUAAAAUUAAAUAAAGAAGAAUCUUGGCACCUCAUAAAAUCUAAAUUUAAACCAUUUGUGACAUGUAUUACUUGUAAUUCUCAAAUUAAUUGGGAAUCAGCAUUAAUGAAUCUAAAUCGAACAAGUAUUUAUACUUUGAGAAAUUAUGCAGAAUUAUAUCUCAGCAAAACAAAAAUAUUGACAAACUUAAAAAAAUAG